AUGCCACUCAACACCUUUGCCUUGAGUGUGGCCCUCACUCCGGCCGUCCUCCAGACCCUGAUCUCGCAUUACGUCCAUCGCAAGUCGCUUCGUGAGAAGCCCAACGUCCACAUCACCUACGAUGAAGCCAUCCGCAUCCUGCGUGAAUUCCUCGUCUAUGCGUCCAAGCAUCCCGUCGAGGAUCUACAGGCCUUUACCUGCCAGAGAGUGCCUGCACCCCAUUGGGUGAAGCUGCAAACCGUGACGGUGUCGGAGGCAUACCUGUCGUCAGCGGCGAAGGCUAUCAACCAGCAGUUGGGCCCCAAGGGCAUCGCGCGGGUUGGAGGGAGUGAGUGGUGGCAAUGGCGUGGACCAGCCGAGGACCUCAAGGGGGAGUGGAUUGAGAUGAAGGAUGAUUACAACGAGCGGAAGCAGACGAGUCGCGAUCAUCCGAGCCAGAAGCGGAUCAUGCUGUAUAUCCACGGUGGGGCGUACUUUUUUGCUAGUCUGGAUACCCAUCGCUAUCAGAUGCAGCGACACGCUAGGAAACUCAAGGCUAAAUAUCGUCUGGCGCCGCAGUUUCCGUUCCCAUGCAGUCUACAAGACUCGCUGGCCGCAUACCUGUACCUGUUGGAGGAUCAUGAUCCGAAAGAGAUUAUUUUCGCGGGAGAUUCCGCCGGUGGAGGAAUGGUGCUCUCAAUGCUUGUCAUUUGUCGCGAUCAAGGACUGCCCUUGCCUGCGGGUGCUAUUCUAAUUUCUCCCUGGGUGGACCUCACGCAUUCAUUCCCCAGCAUUGUCGCGGACAACCCGGGCGAUUAUAUUCCUCCCUAUGGCUUCAGGCAUAAACCCUCCGCUGCAUGGCCGCCGCCAAAUGCGGACGAGCUGCGUGAGCUCAAGAAAGGCCUCAAAAAACACCCAGCCAGCCAGAGUGAGGCUCUUAAGGCCAUCCCGAAUGACAGCGAGGCCGAAGAUACAGCAGCGAAGGGGUAUUCGAGCCGUAGGAACAGCGCGGCCGAUGCAAAACGUGCCUGCGAUAUCGAACACGAGACUGUCAAGGUGGUACUUGAUGGGGAAACAGUGGAGGUCAAGGACCAGAUUCACAUGUACACGACCAACGAACUCUUGUCCCAUCCUCUUGUUUCUCCUGUCUUUCAGCCGUCAUUGGGGGGUCUACCUCCCCUGCUGAUUCAAAGCGGAGGCGGCGAAAUGCUACGAGACGAGCAGUUCUACAUUGCACAUAAGGCCGCCAACCCGACGGCAUACCCGCCCAGUGACAAGUUCCUCGAUGAGCAUGAUCCAUCACGGGAGAUCCUCCGCAAAUACCCCGGUACCCAUGUGCAGCUUCAAGUCUGGGACGACCUCUGCCACGUUGCUCCCACUCUCAGCUUCACGCGUCCAGCGAAGUAUAUGUACCGGGCGAUCGCUCAAUUUGGGGCCUGGGCCCUGGCAUCCAACGGCACUGCAGUCGCAUCGGUUGGAAAAGCAGGCGAUCCAUUACCGGCCUUCAAAGAUCGCAUGAUCCGUCAACGAGUCGACAAACGCGGUAAUAUCUACCCGCUUGAUCCUCCAUCCGCUUGCCCUGUUCUCCAGAUUCCCAGCUCCGAAGUCGGUACUUUCAAUCCCAAGCUUGUUCGGGGAUGGCUGGCAGCCAAGGAGGAGUGGGACGAGAAAUUCGCGAAGGAAAAGCUCCGGGUUCAGCGACAGCGGAUCAAGGAACUGGCCUACGGGCUCCAAGCGUUCAAGGACGAGUUGCCUCCCCCCAGUUCACUCGCUGCGAGACGGCAUGCCCCUGGCGUCUUGCCCUCCAAGACCGGCCGCAAGAGUUACCCCAUGACCAUGUGGAGCAGACUGGCCAGCAAGCAGGAUGAAAGAUCUAUCGCGAAAGAACAGCUGAAAGGAGGCGAGGUCAAGCGAAAGAGUGUCGAUGCCGGGCGCGCCGGAGCGUCAAUGGACGAGGCCAACAGAUCGAAAGCCGAGAGUUUACGCCCGUCCUCCCAACCGGCCACCCUUGCCUCGCAUCCUACAAAUAUCGUCAUUGUUCCAACCCGGUCAGAGAAAGGGAGCGUAGCCUCUCACAAGACGUCAACCGACGCAGUUGAUCAGCUGGGAACCUCUCCCCCGCAGGGUACAGCUCUCAGUAAGUCCAGCAGCCGACUCAUGUUACUACCCGAAUACGAGGGGAAAACGCUCCUCGACGAGAACGCCAGCACAAGGACGCUUUUCCGUGAAGCCGGCGCAAUCCCCACAUCAGAUGGCGCAUGGUCACGGCUGCGCCAACGUCCAUUGUCCCAUGCCGGUUCCGGUACUAUCCGCAGCGAAUUUACCUCCGAGCUCCCUGAAGAUAGCAGCACGAUCGGCGAUGAGAAGUCCCUUGCGGUAACCAACACAGGAGUCGACGAAGCCAGUACCCGUGCUGUGCUGCGCGCCGGUGGCGUGGUGGGACUGAUGAGCGACGAUGGCGACUCAGCGUAUCGCUCGUUUGAUGCGCAGUCGACAACGGAUGCGGGGGAUGCUGAAUCUGCACCUGGAGGUGUCCAUGGUGAUUCUGGAGGGGUGAAUGGCAGUGCUGAAGUUGACAAGCACGCGCGUCCGACCAUGCCGGAUCGCGAGUUCUUCAAGACAGCCGAGGAGUAUGUGCCUUAUUGA